AUGAAGCUUUUUCCUCCGGGCAAGGAUGUCAAACUGGCAUUAGUCGGCGAUGCACGUGUUGGCAAGAACAUCGGUACUAUCACCAUUGAUGUCUGGGAUAUCUCGGGAAGUCGUAGCACACCCUAUGACCGAGCUGAGUGGCUUCAAUUUAACGAUGCUGCAACAAUCAUGGUUAAUCCGGCACAAAAGUCCACUUUUGACAACGCUGCCUCUCGGUACCGAGAGAUCCUAUCAGCCCAGCGAGAUGCAACCAAGCUCCCUGUUCUAGUCUACGCAGGAAAGGCAUACCCAAGGGAUGAGCAAUCUGAAGUAGAUCUCGAAAAGAUCACGUGGCCCGAUGAGAUAGGCGCUGUGCAGUUCUACCACAAUCCAUACCUUGAUGAACCUCAAUCAGUAGGAGCAAUGAUGGAGGCGGAUCACUGUUAUAAUCGACCGUUCGAGUGGAUCCACAAGAGAUUACGGGAGAUCCCGAUGUGCAUAUCGUAA